CUGAAGUGGGAUGUGAAGGUUGAUGGAAAGGCGGUGGAAAUUCUCACUGUCCCUUCACAGUUGCCUCCACUUUUCUCCGGUCACUUCUUGACUGCAUUUGGUUUGACUGCUGCAAGUGUAAGAGGCAAUUCUGGUAGUCCCAAGGUGGAAGGCACUCUCACUCUGAGUUACAAAUUGAAUGAGGAAGUUCAUACGCAAACCUCGAAGGUGGAGAGUUUGGGAGUGGAGUAUGAAAACUUGGGUCUGCAUCGACUUGCAGCAAAGGCGCAACUGCUGGAACUGGUGGACAUGUACUCGAGUCUUGAGGGGAGGGGUGAGGAAGGUAAGAAGGAGGCUGAAGAAGUUCGUCAGCAAAUUGUGGAUAUCUCAGUCAACGCAAAUGUGAUUGCACGUUUCACCACAUUUGUUGGUGUGGAUCCUGAUAAACUGGCCACCUUCGGACAAGGUGGUUAG